AGCUCACACCCAGGAGGAUAUGAGGAAUUUUCUUUAAACAUAGCAGUUGUUGGUGAUGGUAUUAUCAAGAUUAGGUUGUACUGCUAAAGUUUAAAAGGUGCGCUGUUUGAUUGUCAUUAGAAACUGGCAGAUGCUGAGCUCUGAGCAGAGGAAAGGCUUGCAUAAUUCCAGCUCCUCCCGCCUUUUAGCUGCUUCACAGGUUCACAGGUUUUGUGCUGCAGGAAAAAAAAAAACUCACAUCAGGGUCACUGAGCAUCUGUCACAGAUAUCUUUUACUGUCAGAUAAACUAAAGGUUCCAUACUUGCUCCAUGAAGGAGGGGUCAGAGACAAAAAGAGGGAUUUCCUUUCUAUACGUAACAUUUCGCUUCUCAUUCACACACACACACAGAGAGAGAGAGAGAGAGAGAGAGAAAGACAGGGAGCUGCUGACUCAGGACUUUCCCCCUCCUCCGUCGCGUCUCCUCAGCGGUGUGAAGCGGCAGCAGAGACGUGAACGAGGUACAGCUAUGUUGGGCAUCAUCCUCCUCCUGUCCUUUCCCUCCCUUGUGGCCAUGGUGCCUCCUCCAGUCCCCUGCAGACACUGCUGUGAUCACCUGGAACCAGCAGAGGGCAGUGGCGCCCAGCCAAGGAGCUAUGUCCCAGAGGUCCGCACCUAUAUCAACAUGACCAUACUAAAAGGUGACAAAGGAGACCGUGGUGACAGAGGGACGCCAGGCAAAGCUGGACUCGAAGGACCUCCAGGCUCUAGGGGGGCCACGGGAUCCAAAGGCUCUAAGGGUCAGGCUGGUCUCCCAGGAGACCCCUGCAAAGUCCAGUACUCCGCUUUUUCCGUCGGCCGUCGAAAAUCCCUUCACAGCAUGGAUUCCUAUCAGACGCUUGUGUUUGACACAGUCUUCGUGAACCUCGACGACCACUUCAACAUGUUCAAGGGGAUAUUCGUCUGCCACGUCCCAGGGAUCUACUUCUUCAACGUCAACAUUCACACGUGGAACUUCAAGGAGACAUACCUCCACAUAAUGCAGAACGACACAGAGCGGGCGAUUGUGUAUGCCCAGCCCAGCGACCGCUCCAUCAUGCAGAGCCAGAGCCUGAUGCUGGAGCUGGAGCUGAACGAUGAGGUGUGGGUCCGCCUGUACAAGAGGGAGAGAGAGAAUGCUAUUUACAGUGACGAUGUAGAUAUCUAUAUAACUUUCAAUGGAUACCUCAUCAAACCCAGCUAAGAGGAAGAAUGAAUAAGAGAAAAGGAAAGGCUGAGUAUUACUGUGCACGGGCUGAGCUCAAAAAGCAAUUUACCAUUAAAUUGUUCUUGUAAACAUAUAUUCAAGAUGCACCUAUAAAAACUGUUAUAUAAUAAACAAUAUGACUGAGAAAAUAUGAAGUAAACCAAAUAUGCACAUCCAUUGAAUGUUUCCAAAACAGUAUACAUUUUCUUUCUUGCAAAAAGUUUGAAUAACCGGUACUACACUGUAUAUAAAUACAAAGCUAUAGCCAGAUGAUUAAUGUCAUGUAGAUGAGAGAGAGAGAGAGAGAGAGAGAAAGACAGGUGGGUGAGCUCCCCUCACUUAUAUCAGCAGAGAGAGAGAGCAGCACGCUGCUCUGUAAGUUUAUUAAAUUAUCCCAUUAAAACCCGCCCACGGUUUCAAGGAGGAAAAAUAAAACAGGCAGAGUGAUUCCAUCCUCACUCUGACCGGCAGGGUCGGCAGCAGACCAUAUGAACUGGUCAGACAACCAACUUUGAUAAGGAGACAUUCAGCUCAGGUCACUGUCAUUUAAAAACAAACAAAAAAAGCCUUUGAAUAUUUAUGAUACAUGCACCGUGCACUCAGAGAAGUUACAAAAGUGCAAAAGUAUCUGUCUUCGUUUGCAGAGGCAAAGCAGGACACACACAGGAGAGACAUUUUCUUUAGGUGCAGAAGCGGCUCAAUGAACUCGGCACACACUGGGACAGCUGACUGAGCGCUGAAUAUCCUCAACACAUUUCCAGCUUUAAAACCCGCUGCACGAAUUGAAAUGACCUCUUUAGUUUUAGAGAAGCGUGACGGGUACUUCCCAAAGCCUGGCCUGCAUCGACCCAUCCGCUCAGUGACGGCUGCAGAAGCACUAACCGAGUAAUUAAACUGAGCUCACGCUGCAAUAACUUAUCGGUGAUGUGGGUGUUUAAGUUUUUCAUUAUCAAACCGUUUGAAUUACUGUAACUUGUAGCUGAAGUGUAUCAGUAGUGCUACAAAGCACAAGUCAGGCUGCCUUUGGAAAACCAAGAUCAGUCACAUCACCUCCAUGCACCAAGCACUCACACACACAAACACACUGCUCCAGCCUCAAACAAAGAGACCCUAAUUACUUGCACCUGUGCUCAUAACGGAGGAGGAAAUGACUACCCAACCCUGCCUGCAUGAAGUGGUGCUUAGCCUUGUGCUCCACCUCGCACACAUGAAAGAAAUCUGCCUACAAGUCAGCAGAUUUUGUUGUCUUUAUAUUAAAGCCAAGAAAACUGUCUCCACUGUGCUAAGCAGGUAAACUUGUCAGUUGUAGCUUCAUAUUUACCAGCUGAGAGUGGUAGAAGUGAACCCCUCAGCAAAAGAAAUGAGUGGUAAAUAGUGGCAAACACUCUCAAACUAGUGCAUUAAUUUCAGUAAAUACAUGUGUUUAAACCAGCGAAUAAGACCUAUUAAGGUGCUCUUCCUUACCUCCUCUAAUGAAUAAAACUAGAUUAAACAAAGCAAUAACUUUACAAAGAUGCAGACCCAUUAUGAUUAUUUAAAAUGAAAAACAAAGUUAUGAAGAUGAGAGCUGGUAGAUGAUCUGUAUUAGGUGUUCUCCCCAUACUUUAAUGAAGAAACACGGAAACAUUCACUGGUAAUAUUUGCUGUUAGUGAGUUUUGUUAAUAGGGCUUAAACGUGGUGCUAACUGAACUCCUGCUGAAUGUGGGUUUGUGAAAAUGUAUAUUUUACAAAGUAUUGUUCUUUCCCUGUAAGAUUUAAGUCUUCAGCUAACUUUAAUCUUUCAUGCAUGCAAGGCCUAUAAAUAAACACACAAUCAACACUUUUGCCACUUGUAGUUUAAAAGGAUUCGAUUCUCACCAGGCAGUGAGAAAGCUGGCUCUUGAUUUACCCACGGAUAAACAACUAGAGUUACUGCCUCAGUGUUGUAUGAUAGCCGGCACAUAUGCCACUCACAUCCGGUUCUCCUUCUGUUCCUGAGUCAUGCCGUCAAAUAACAGCCAGAAAAGUGUUUUGGCAGAACUGUGACGUCAUGAUGAAGCUUAACCUUUAUGAUAUUAAAUGUCAUCAUUUAAUCCGAGUAGAGCUUGACCUCUAACCACUCAAAACAUUUGUGCCAAUUCAAGGAAAUUCACCUAUGACAUUCCCUAGAUAUUACAAGGAAAGGGCAGACGGACAAUAUUAUACUUCUAUGGCUGCCUGCAGAGGAGGCAUUAAACUAAACUAAGGUUCGUACAUAAACUGGAGCCAACGAAUGCAGUGCAAGACAUUAAUACAAUUCUGAUUAAUAAAAGCACUCAGAACACUGAUACAUAAUGUCAUAUUUAGGAAUAUGAAGUGUUAAUUAAACUGUCCACACUUGUGUAAACUGAAGCUUGGAGGGGAGCCAAAAACCUGCAUUCUUUCUAAUGGCCAGCAGGGGGAGACUCCUCUGACUGUAGAAAGAAAGAAAGAAAGAAAGAAAGAAAGAAAGAAAGAAAGAAAGAAAGAAAGAAAGAAAGA